AUGAAAAUUUAUAGACGACUGAAACUUUCUUCUCUUAUUGGCUUGGCGGCUACAGUCUUCCUCUUCACAAAAUUCGCCGAGUUUUGCAAUGAACAAAAAUUAUUCCAAUUUCAAUUCACAAUUUACGAUUUCUACGGCGAAAAUAAUCCCGAGCAAAAAGACUACGGGCCAAUUUGGUCGAAUUCGCUUGGAGAGACGCAUCUUCUCAUCGGAAUUCCAACGGUCAAAAGAGCUGCAGAAAGCUAUCUCAAAGAUACGCUGAGCUCAAUAAAGACUGAUCUAAAGAACUUCAAAGAAUCGGAAACGUUCAAAAUUUCGAUCGUUCUUUUCGCAGGAAAAAGUGACGAGGAAUAUUUCGACGAAUUGAAAGAAGAGUAUCAAGAUGAACUUGGGGAAGAUUUCGCGGUUUUAAUGGCUCCCGAUGAUUAUUACCAUGAAUACUUUGACAAGCCAAUCAGCCCAACUUUCGGCGAUUCUGUCGAGCGAAUGUCCUGGCGAACCAUGCAAGCUCUCGACUACAUUUUCCUCUGGGAAAACGCCAUGAAAUUUCCGCUCUAUUUACAACUCGAAGACGAUGUUCAAAUCAACGCCGGUUUCUUCAAUUUCAUCAGCAAUCAGUUAAAAAGUCUCGAAAAAAAAGACUGGUUUUCGCUGGAAUUUUCACCGCUUGGUUUUAUUGGAAAAUUGUUCAAAAGCGAGAGUUUGCAGGCGCUGACGCACUAUAGCAAGUUGUUUUUUGAUGUAAAGCCGAUUGAUUGGAUCUAUUGGAGUUAUAUAAGAAUGAAAGUUUGCUCCCCCGAGUGGGACAAAAAAAAGUGCCAAGCAGAAAUUCGAAAAGUCGCGAUUUCCUGCACCUCGAAAACUCCGCUCCUCAGUCAUAUUGGCUCGAUUUCAUCGCUCGACGGAAAAGUCCAGCAUCUGGUGGAAAGGGCGCAAGGAAACCCUGAUGCCUCGAAAAUCUGGUGCACUGACAACAUCAAUUUAUCAGACUUGGAAGCGAUUUACAAGUGCGUUUUCUUCCUUGAUUUCAAUUUUCAGAACCAUUUUAGGUCUUCUAAGACAAUCGAAGUUGUUCCAGUAAAAGAUAAGAAGACAACAAUUAAAAUUUCUUUCCGCCACCUUCAGUCGCCAAAAGACUUUAUUUUCUACCACGGGACGAAGGCCGCCGGCCAGCCGAGCAGUCGAUCUCAAUCGAAAAUUCCGACAACAACGAGGAUCUUUGCGGAUGUGAAUGGAGAAGGAUGGAAAGAUGUUUUGGAUUUUUCUCAGUGUUAUCAUGGCGCGAAAACAACAAAUCUUGGCGUAAAAACAACCUGUUCAAUGAGCAAAUACAGUUCUGGAGAAACAAUCAUCAACGCCUUCAAAAUCGAAGUCCCAAGUGGCCACGAAGCUUUUCUUCUUCAUAAAAUCGACAUCCAUAGAUAA